UCCACACACUUUAUAUUGAAAUUCGAACUUUAUAUAAGAUGAAUCCUAUGAAAAUUACAUUCUUGUGUAUUCUGGUGUCUUUAAUUCCAUACUUCGACUGUAAAAAAGCUAGCGAUAAAAAAGUAGAGCGAUCACGUUCAUUUCGCCGUAAAGUUAUCAAGGAUCAAGGACAGAUAAGAAUAAUUGGACCACUGAAUCGAAAAAUUAUCAAUAUUAAAACAGUCGUAUUCAGAAAUACACAACGGGCUCACAUAAUUAAAUGCUGCGGCCAAAGAAAGUGUUCCAAAUCGAAUUUCAACAGGAGCAAAAACAAAACAUCAAACUUCGAUGGUUGGCGGAAUAAAUACAACUCACCCUCCUACAAAAAAGUCAAAAUCGGGUCGAAAAAGUACAAGUUUCCGUAUGAAAAGGCUACCUUUGAAAACGCGGAGAAAAUUUGCCAAAAAGACAAUAUGGAUAUAGCUUCUUUAGAUAAUCCAACCGAGGUAGCAGGCAUUUCAAAUUACUUGCAGUACAUAGGAUUAUCGGAUGACCCAGUUUUCUCGUCGAUAUCCUCCCUGCUUGAAGGAGGAGCGAGUUCUUUAUUAAAUUGGGCAACUGAGAGUCCUCCAGAAGGGCAGGGUGACUGUCUUGUUCAACAGGAGGGGCUGUUUUUCAACGCUUCGUGCGACACGAAGAGGAAUUUCAUUUGUGAAGACCCGAAAGAAGAGGAUAGAGGAUUGGAUACUUUGACUUCCAUUGAAGACGCGGUUCUUAAUUUUGUUAACGGAAAAAAUAUCGUCAUCCCGGAAAAUCGAGCUACGAUUCCAGAGGCUAAAUCCCUCUGCAAAGACGAGGGUUUGGAGCUGAUGUCUCUUAAAUCAGUCGCGGAAUUGGAUCCUGUCCAAGAUUUACUCGGGGACUUGGGCCUCUCAGCAACCACACUUUUGACAUCGAUGGAAAAAGUUACCGACGGGGGCACAAAUUGGCUAGGAGAUUUGGCCUCGGCUUUGCUUCCUCCUGAAGACCCUUCAAAGGAUGGCGACUGUCUCGGUCUAAGCGCCCUUGGUCUUGCGGGAAUAUCGUGCGACAUGGUUUCAAACUUCGUGUGCCAGGUUCCCGAUCCACCAGGAACCAAAACGACUGUUAAAACAACAACCAAGAAGUUGUUAACCACAUUUGCAACCACAGAUGUGACAGAAAUUGCAACCGAAAAGGAAACCACACCCGUGCCAGACACAACAGAAGCAACCACAUCAUUAUCUGAAACAACUGAAGCCAAUCCUUCCUCCACGUCGAUCAUAACUGCUUCAACUAAAACAAUGGUAGCAACCACUGCAACUACUACUAGAACGACAACAACAACAACAAUGAUGACGACGACAAUAUCAUCAAAAACACCUACAACAACAACAACAACUACAACAAUGUCUACAAGCAUAGUUCCUUCAACAACCAGCACGACAUCCAUGCAGGUAACAACUACUACAACAAGCACUUCAACGUCCACAUCAACUUCAACAACUACCACUACAACAACAACUCCCAUUCCAUGCAUUUUUGACUGCGCAGACUUUGACAAAUUCUUGAUGAGUCCAACAGUAGCACCAAAUAUUUAUGAUGGCUCAGUGCAAACAGCAACUAGAUGCAAUAAUAGAAAAUUUUAUAUUUCUAGCGUCACGGUUUCAAGAGACGAAGCUGGUUUACGUUGUAAGGCUAUGAACAUGACGCUUUUAGCCGUCACCUCUCUCGAGGAAAUUGACUGCUUGGCCUCUGUCAAGGAGGGGACCUUUUGGACAAGUGGCUCGAAUGUGCAUCCUCUCUGUGAACCAAAAUUACUUUACACGUGGUGUUCAACGGGCGUGAAUAUAUCUUCCACUCUGAUUACGAACGGAGCGUUUUGGUUGCCAACCACGGCAACCGCCGUUACUCCAAUCGAACGGUGUUUGGCAGUUACCACAUCCCUUAAUGCUGGAAAAGGGAUGGUGCAUAAAAAUUGCAGUGAAGCCCUUCCCUUCAUUUGCCAAAACAACGUCGAAUGUCCAAAACAUUGCACCAAAAACACCUCCCUGUUUGAUCCCACCGGAAAUUUGAUAAACGCACACUUUUAUGGAUUUUGGUUAGACAUCGGAAACUUCACAUAUCUCUUAGGAAAUCAACCGAUGACUUGGUUAGAAAGCUUCCUUCAAUGUUGCGCUUUGGGGAUGGAACCGCUCAAUAUAGAAAAUGUGGCUGAGCAACAAGGCUUGACCAGCAUUACUGCUGACUUCAAAUAUAAUUGGCCUGCAAAUUUCAAUUACUGGACCUCAGCUACGUGGAUGGGUUCUCCUGCUGGCCAAUGGUCGGUUUGCGAACCAACCGGCCCUGCAAUGUUUCCCUCGGGUCUAAAAUGGGAAAAAAGCCAGCCGGACAACCUAGGCGGCAAUGAGAGCUGCGUCCAUUUCCGUUUCGUUUUGAAUGCCACUGGCACCAUCUUGACUGACAGAAAAUGCACAAAUCAUUAUGUUUAUGCAUGCAAGUCUCAGUUAAAAGCCCUUCCAAAGCCGUGUAAAGUUUCCUGUCCGAGUGGUGCCUGUCAACGAGCGACAAAACUUUUUGACACAACUGGAAUGCUGAUUGUCUCUUCCACAUAUGGGAACUGGUACCAGGGCUGCGGGAGAAUCUUUCUUAGUUAUUUGACAAGUCCGGCCACAUGGUCCGUGGCUCGAGAUAAAUGCUGCGAAAUCGGCCUGACCUUGGCCUCAAUGGAGUCAAUGGGAAAAUUUAACUGCUUCUCCAGAAUCACCUCCAAAAUUGGACCAGAGAUGAACGGCGACUUCUGGCUUUCAGGAACGGACCAGGGAUGCCUUUCGAAGUUCCAUUGGUGCUCGAUAAGCCGUGAUUUUACUUACCCAGAGUUGAAAUGGAAGAUUGACCACCCCGUACAAGGCAUGAAUUGUGUUUAUCUCGAGGUUAGAAACGGAUCAGCAAUGCUGGCCACCGGUAAUUGCCUUGAGCAGAAGAAUUUCCUGUGUGAAAUCAGGAAGAAGGGCACUUUCCGGGAGGCGAUCAAUGCGGAAUGUGCUGAAACCUGGGACAUCUCCCCAGCUCAAAUUGACCUGCUGUUGAACGCUAGCACCUUCCUCUCUGCUAGCAUCUCGAUAAAUAUCAAGUGCUUUAUAAAAUGUGUGGCAGUCGAAGUUGGAAUGUUCUUCCGCGGAAGACCAGUCAGCAUUGAAACUUUACGGCAAAUUGAACUCAUAUCCCAAGAAAAUCCCGCCAAAUUGGAGCAGGCUUUUGCUGUUUAUGAGCAAUGCCGCGGCCAAAAAUUUGACGAUGACUGCGUCACUGCCUACGAAAUUUACAAGUGCUGCCAGGAAAGGGCACCUGCCCUUGUUUCAGAAAUAAUUAUUAAUAACUAUGAUAAUGGAUCAAUUUUAACUCCACCAAUCGGUUGUGUUUCCGUGCGCCGAAGUUGUUGGCUCUCUGAUAACUUCCCCUGCGUCUUUAAUGAAACUGCAUGGGCUAAUCUAAAUAAAGCCAGAACGGAUUCUCUUGGACAAUUGGUGAUGCUGCAAAAUAGGCUGAUGUAUGUGGGCUCUAUGAACUUAAUAGGAAAUUACGAUCCUAUUCAAAUAUUCAAACACUGCUGCGCACUAGGAAUGAAACUCAUGGAGCCUGAGAGCCUAGAAGAUCUCAAUUGGGCGGCAAGUCAAUCAGGGAGCGCAUUUGAUCUGUUCGUGGGCGAGACGGAGUUUAUAAACGGGACGCACGAAGUAUGGUGCAACAGCAGCAAAAUUAUACCAAGCAGCUUCUACGAUACUUUAAAAGCUCCGAUUUAUCCGUGUGUUGAGUCGCUAGCGCUUUUAAGCCCAGUUACGCAAAAGCUGUACAUGAAGACUUUGCCCAAUGGAAAUAUCAUCGAUUCGUUCCUCAAUCCGCAGAAUUAUAACCCUUUGAAAACAUCGGGAAUUUACUCCUUUAUUUGUGCAAAUCUGUAGUUAGCAAAUUUUAAUUCCUGAUGGGAGUUUCCAGGAGUUCUUUUCAUUUCUUACACAUAACUUUUUGUGAACAAAACUGUGUGAAUAAAAUACAUUUAAAC